CUUCUUGUGGGAGCUGGCUUUCGAAGCUUCUUGUUUGUGGGUGGAGUGAAGAAAGAGAGAUAGAGAAGAAAGGGUAAUGGCUGAAUUGAGAGACGAGCAUGGGAAUCCAAUACAGCUCACCGACCAGCAUGGCAACCCCGUCCAGCUGACCGACGAGUUCGGCAACCCCAUGCACCUGUCCGGUGUCGCCGCCACCACCGCCUCCAGCGGUUCUGUCACCGGCGUCGGGGGUCAGCACCGCCCGCAGGAGCAGCAGGAGCGCCGCGAGGGCGAGGCUGGGGAGCACCGCCGCUCUAGCAGUUCUAGCUCUAGCUCGUCGGAGGAGGACGAUGGACAAGGCGGGAGGAGGAAGAAGAAAGGUAUGAAAGACAAGCUCAAGGAGAAGAUCACCGGAUGGAAGCACAAGGACGAGCACUCGGAGGGCGCCACGGCCACCACGGGGGCCACCACCACCGUCAAGGUCGAGCAUCACGAGCAGCAGCACGAGAAGAAAAGCAUGAUGGAGAAGAUCAAAGAGAAGCUGCCUGGCCACCAUAGCCAUUGAAAGAGUUGCCUUCGUCGUGGAAUAUGUACAUAAACAUGUGCAUAUGCUUUGCUUGUGUCACGUCGUAGUGUUUGAUUUGUCGCUUUGUUGCCGUAGCGAUGGACUUGGAUUUCAUGUAAAAGUCUCUGUCGGUC